GGCGGUGGAUUGUCGCGAGGGGUCGUAUUUCUGUCACUGACACACAGAAAAUACUGACAAAAUAUAUUCGCCAGUUUUAAAUUAGGUUCCUCGACUUGUGUGUCAAAAUACACAAACCUGACCGUAAUAUGGAGCAGUUUGUUGUCGAUGUAAAAAACCUGUCAGAGAAACUUCUCCACAGACAGAUCGAUUCAAAUUUGGAUGAAGUGAUUGAGACUCUCUUCAAAGCGAUCUCAACUCUAGAUGCAGCAGCAAAACUACAGGAUUCACAGUUGGAGGAAAUCGCCAUACAGCUGUGGAACUGGGCAGUGACCAAACGUGUUGGCUCAACUAUUACAGAAGAGCAGAAGGCCAAAGUGCGUCAUGUGGCAUGCAGACUUCUGUAUUUAUGCGGGCCUGAGAACCCAUCAGAGAAUAUUGUUCGCAAGCAGAUACUGAUGGCAAGUAAAACUGGAAGAACAUGGCUUGAUUGCAAAAAACCCAAAGUUGCUGAUGAUUUUUUGAGCCUUGCUGACAGUAGCCUGGAGACUCUUUACAGCAGACUCACUUCCCAUGGAGAUUGUGCAGAAGAUAUAAACACACCAAAGGGAGACAUCGAGAAAGAUCUGCUGCGGGUUUUGUCAUAUCAAGCUGAAUCUGCAGUUUCUCAAGAACAACAUGAAGAGGCAGUGUCAUGCAUACAGCGAUGUAAAGAAAUGCUUCUGCGUCUCCCUAAAGAGACUGGCUAUCUCUCUCUCAUCUGUUACAACUUUGGAGUCGACACUUACAGUCAGGGAAAGCAUGAAGAGAGCACAUUUUGGCUAAGCCAAAGUUAUGAUAUAGGCAAGAUGAAUAUGAAGUACUCACCAGGAUCAGAGAUGCAAGCCAAAGUUUUGAGGCUUCUUGCAAAGGUUUAUUUGGAUUGGGACUGUCAGAAGUACCUGGAGAAAGCUCUUCAUGCUGUGAGCUUGGCAAAUAAGGAGCAUAUGCAGUUGUCAGGUCUGUAUCUGAAGAUUCAAAUCCUAAUUAAAAGCCGAAGCCCAGAUGAGGCAAUAAAGUCUGGGCUGUCAGAGCUACUGGACUCUGAGGUUCCUCUGGAAGUGUGCUUGAGCACAGUCAAACUGCUCGUGGAAGAGAACAGGGAGGCUCUGGCCUUUGACUUCCUAAAGAGGGUUUGUCAGCACUUUGAGUCGUCUCCUGAACUGGGCUCUGCUCUGCUCAUGCAUAUAGAGCUGCUGCUGCAGCGGGACAAAGAGCUGCUGGCCAAGCAGAAGAUUGAGGAUGCUAUCACGGGAUAUUACACUGGAAAACAACUAGCACCUCAGACUCUAUCAUCUCUCCACCUUCUUCUGUGGGAUAGAGCUUCCAAAAACUUUGAAGCCAAGAACUAUUCUGAAGCUCUGGAGUGGUAUAACUACUCCCUGAGCUUCUACAGAGCAGGCGAGUUGGAUCAAAACCUUGCUAAACUGCAAAGAAACAGAUCCACCUGUUUCCUGCACCUGCAUCAACUCGAGAAGGCUAAAGAGGCUGUAGAAAAGGCAGCAAGGAUUGACCCAAGCAACAUUUUUACACAGUUCAACAUCUACAAGAUUGCUGUACUGGAAAACAAUGCAGAGAAAGCUGCCGCGGCUCUGAGAGAGAUUGGCGCUCUGGCUCAGAAUCCGGUCACCAGUGAGGACCGACUGCUAGUGACUGAGAACGCUGCUGCAAACCUCCUCAGCCUGGCCGCACAGAUCGCCCUCGAGCAUGAGCAGCAGGAAACAGCCAUCAAAGCCCUUGAGAGUCUGUGUGAACGCUCACAAGAUGUUACUCAAAUCCUCACUGCCUUGAGGUGUUUAGUACGACUUUUUCUUACAACAAUGGAAAACAUCAGUGAGGAAAACAGGAAUGCCAACUUGGAUAUCCUCUUGUCAUACCUAAAAACAGCGCUUGAAAAAUUAUCACAAAUUCAUGGCCACGGAGCACAGCAGCAUUCAGAAGACGCCAACUGGUUCAGGAGAAUCGCGUGGAACUCUGCCCUGCAGUGUGAGCACAGUCCUGUGAGGAUGAGGGAUUUCUUUCUUCUCUCCUUCCAGCUGUCACAGAUGUGCGCCCCAGACCGAGGUGUGUUGAUGGGGCAGAAGACAUGUCUGCUGAUGGCCGCUGCUGCGUCUCUGGAGAUCUGCAGGAGCUCUGAUCACACUGAGCAACAGACCGAGCUCCUGACCCAGACUCUAGAGCAUAUUCAGCUCUGUAAAGAGAUCUGGACCACCAUCAAAGCAUCAGGCACUUCCUCUAAAGACAAAACAGACACAUUAUUGCUGCUCUACGAGUUUGAAGCCCGGGCCAAAUUAAAUGAUCCAAAGCUUGAAUCUGUGCUCGAAUCAGUUUUGGAACUGGAUUACAUUGAGACCAAGCUGCUAGAAAUGAUCGCAGUCCUGGCGAUGGAACCACCGGCCCAUUACCCUGUUCUGUGUAAGAAAGCACUGAGGAUCGCCUUGUCCCUGCACAGAAAACAGCCACAGGUCGACCUCACACGCUGCAGUAACUGUUUACACAGCCUGAUUCAGCUGACCCUGCCGAGCGGCGUGUCUGAGGUGCAGCCUUGCAUGCUGGAGGAAGUGUGGGCCUACUAUGAGGAAGCUCUUUCCAUCAUAGCAACCGCACCCGAGGACUUUCCAGAACUGGAGAUCCUGUGGCUGCUGACCCGAGCGUGGAAUACAGGAAUCCUGCUCUACAGUCUAGCCCAGUAUCCCGAGGCGGAGAGGUGGUGCGGGCUGGGAAUGAGCUUCCUGAAGCACCUGGGCUCUCUGCAGGACAGCUAUCAUUCUCAGAUGGCGGGUCUGUACAGUGAGGUGUUGGACAGGCUGGAUAAAGCAAAGAAGAAUCUCAUUAUUGAGGAGUAAAUGACAGCGGCUUCAGUCGCAGAUGGAGAUCUCAGGUCUAACUGCACGUGUUUAAUAUGAAGUGUGAAUUUCUGUGCAUGUUUUUGAGAAGCUAAGAGAUGUACAAUGCAUCUGAGGGGUUUGUUCGUACAGUUAUGAAAUGGUUCAUAUUCAUUUAAUCGGAAAUAUUUUUGUCAGUAUUAUUUUAUUACCUGUCAUCCUGUUAUCUGUUUGAGCUUUCCUCAGUUGACUAGUUCAAAACAGCUGCAUUGCGAUACAAAACAAAUAAAAAUGCAUGCA